AUGGCGGCAAUAUGUCUUAUGCAAUGUUGUUGUUUCCAGGCCUAUUAUCGGCAAGGAGUGGCCCUGCAGUGCCUGGGACGACAUGCAGAUGCCCUCGGAGCUUUCGCUUCUGCGCUUGCGCAGGAUGAUAAGAGUCCUCAACUGCUGAACUCGUUGACUGAGGCCGCGAUGAAGUCUCCCCUUAGAGGUAAAUAUUUUAGUAACAUGCAAUUUUCUUUUUAUGGUUUUUCUUUUCGUUGGAUUAACAAUUGAAAAGGAUGUCGUUUUAUCUAGUGGUUUUGGGAAUUUCUUCCUUUCAGAUUCGUGUUGUACAUCAUUUGAUAGAAACAAGUUGUGCUAUUUUUAUUUUAUUCUAUAACUGUUAACCAAACAUGACACAAUAAUUGGACAAUGCCUAGCUGUUCUGACUGUUUAAGAUUCCAAUUUGUGACCUUUUAACUGAGAACAGUCCUCUAGCAGUGGGGUUUUCUGCAUUUUAGUUUGCGGUAAAAAUAACGCUAUAAAAAUGGCCGGAUCGUUGUAGCGGAGCUUAGAUGGUAUUAAUAAAAUUCUGCGUAGAGCAGGUUUACGGUGGACCAAUCCUUACGCCUAAAUAUCCACUGAAUGCUGUCAACAGUUGCGAUACGGCUUGCUUUCUAGAUCAGUAUAACAUUUACCCAAUUAAAGCACAUCUGAAGUUCCACUGGUCCCUUAAAACCGACACUCCCGUCUAAGUUACUUAUAUAGCGGGACAGCACGCAUAAAAAGCUCAAGUGGUUGAUAUUAGCUAAAGACAUUCAUUCUUUCACCGCAAUUUGAACAUUACCAAAUAUUACGCACUUGAACUAUGACACGGGCUGAGCCGCAAAAAAGGUUUAAAGAUUCAAGCAGAUAUAAAUAACUUAACCUUGUCUUCUUGAAUAUCGAGCGCAUAGGGUAAGUGCGUUUGAUUUUGCCGCCAAGUCAAGAGUCCUCUAACAUCUGCUUUUACGAUAAAACAUUUCAAUGCGAGUUACCUUUCAUGGAUGCUUCUCUUUUCAUCGAUUCAAGUUUCAAAUUUUGUGAGAGUCUGUUCAGAACUCUAGUAGGCUGUCACUCUCUGAACUUCGACGUUCGCAUGCCCACUCGAAUGACUAGAAAGGGACUGCUAGUACAGUGCUUCUUUGGUCUUGUGUCUACUAAAUGUUGAGUGUGUGCAUAGAAAAAGGAAACCGACAAACUGGUCUUUGAUCAGUUUAUUAUGAUUAAAGCAAAGAAGUCAGAAAAAAGAUGUGAUCCAGUUCUUGGGGGGUGUUAAGAGCCUGUGACUUGAUGGUGGAGUGGUAACGUCAAGUUCAGAUUACGUUGUUAUCAGUUGAUUUACUCGAAUAAAACCUCAUUACAGCAUUUUGCUGUAAACAGUUUAUUCUGAUUUAAUUAUUAAAAACACGGAUUUGGGACUUUUUGUGGUUUUUGUGGGCAGAGAGGUUAUCACAAAUUUCUGUUCGAGUAGCCACGGUACAAGCCUAUUGGUUCUUAUAACUGUUUCUGUGGCGUUUUCAUUGUGAUAAGAAAUUAUAAGCUAAUCACUGUUAUUUUUACUGAUUUUUUUUUCAGCCACUUUAGAGCCAAUCUACAACCAGCUAAACAAAAUGAAACUUGACAAGAGCCCAUUUGUGAUGAUCUCAGUUAUAGGACAGGAGCUGUUAUCAGUGGGUCACUUAACAGCGGCAGUAGAUUGCCUUGAAGCGGCUUUGAAAGUCGGCACAUGCGGACUACGUCUCCGGGGUUCUGUUAUAUCAGCUUUGAGUACAGCUUACUGGAAAAUUGGAAAUGUAAAGAAGGCCAUGGAGUACAUGAAGCAAGAUCUAGAAACUGCGCAGUCACUGAACGAUAAAGCAGGCGAGUGUCGCGCGCUCGGCAACCUGGGAGGCGCGUAUUAUUCUCAGCGCAUGUACAAGGAGGCACUUGAACAUCAGAAAAGUCAACUGGCGAUUGCUAUGAAAACGAAAGACCGAAAGACGUCGGCCACGGCACUGAGCUCUUUAGGUCAUACUUAUGUGUCAAUAACUGAUUAUUCCAAUGCCCUUGCGAGCCAUAAACAGUCAUGUCACAUUUAUAAGGAGUUGAAAGACAAGCAAACGGAAGCUAGAGAACUCGGAAACAUCGGCGCUGUCCAUGUACUGCUUUCGGAUUAUGACAACGCCAUCAAAUGCCAUGAAGAACAUUUGAAAAUUGCUGUUGAGUUAGGUGACAAGACCGAGGAAGGCCGGGCGUAUAGUAACUUAGGAAGUGCGUUCCAUUACAAAAGAGACUUCGAUAGAGCGAUCCAGUUCCAUCGGCAAGUACUGGAUGUUGCGAAGAAGACCAAAGAUUCUUUUAUGGAGGCGCGUGCAUACGCAGGUCUUGGGCAUGCGCUGAGAUGUAAGGGUGACAUAGAGCAGGCAAAGACCUUUCAUGAGUAUCAACUGGCUUUGUCAAUCAAACUUGGGGAUCGCGCCACCGAGGGGCGAGCAUUAUCGAAUCUAGGAAUUAUUUUUCAGCAGAAGGGGCUUUAUGGGCAAGCCUUGAAACUGCAUAAAAGACACCUGGCCAUUUGUAAAGAGUUACAAGAUCGAGCGGGCCAAGGCCGAGCUUAUGGCAAUAUGGGCUGUGCGUACAGCGCCUGCGCGCGGUAUGAUCAAGCGAUUAAAUUUCACAAACAAGAACUAGUGAUUUCCAAAGAGGUAAAUGAUCGACCUUCGGAGGCGUGCACACAAGGGAAUCUUGCAGUUGCUUAUCAGGCCAUUGGAAGCCUUGAUAAAUCACUAAAACAUUACCAGCAGCAUCUAGUUAUCUCACAAGAACUGGGUGAUCAAUCCACCGAGGCCAUCGCGCUGAGUAAUCUUGGAAACUUUUACAGUUCUUGCGGGAAUUUCUCCAAGGCUAUUUCUUAUUACGAGAACUAUUUAUCUGUAUGCCGACAUUUGCGGGAUCAAGCGGGAGAAUGCAAAGCCUGCCACAAUCUUGGGUUCGCUCAUUACUCGCUCGGGAAUCAUCUGGACGCUGUUCCGUAUUACGAGCGGAAUGUUGCCAUUGCAAAAGAUCUGGAGGAUAAACCGAGUUUAGGUCGGGCUUAUUGUAAUCUCGGACUUGUUUACAGCGCUCUUGGCAAACAGGAUAAAGCGUUAGAAUGCCAGAAAGAGUUCUUAACUGUCUCCCAAGAAGCGAUGAACGUUCAAGGGGAGUUUAAAGCUUGCGGCAACAUCGGGGAUAUCUAUGUUACGUUAGGAAACACCAAUCAAGGAAUCCGAUUUUUCCAGGAACAACUGCAAGUCGCGAAAAAGGCGCAAGACACUUCGCUUGAGAGUGACGCUUAUGGCGCGUUAGGUAGCGCGUACAAGACUGCGGGCGAGUUUGAAAAGGCGUUGUCGUGUUUCAAGACGGAAUUGGAUCUGAGAAGGAGUGAAAAAGACACUCUAGGCGUUUGCAAGGCGUUGAGUAAUCUUGGAGGUGUUUACACGAGCAUGCAGAAGUACAGCGAUGCGUACAAUUGUUACUCGGAACAACUCGGCCUCGCUAUUGAACUAGACGAUUGCGUUUUGCAAGCGCAGGCUUACGGCAAUCUAGGUAUCACUAAAAUAAACUGUGAGGACUAUCAGGAUGCAUUGGGCUUUUUCGAACAGCAGAUCGCAACGUUAGAACAAGUGGCUAGUGCAGUGCUGGAAAGGGGUCAAGCAUACGGGAACUUAGGCGAAUGUUAUCACGUGUUGGGUGAUUACGAAGAGGCCGUUAAAUGCUAUGAGAAAUACUUAGCCGCUGGACAGCAGCUUGAUAGUGUGAUUGACCAGGACAAAGCGUAUCGCGGGCUUGGAAACGCACACAGAACCAUGGGAAAUCUCCAACAAGCUCUAGUGUGUUUUGAGAAGAGGCUGGUCGUAGCGCACGAGCUUACUGAUUUCCGCUCGAAGGGAACUGCGUAUUGCGAGCUCGGAAAUAUGCACAAGGUAUUGGGUAACUACGAACAAGCCCUUGCUUGCUUUGAGCAGCAGCUUUCUUUAGCAAGGGAUUGUAAUGAUCCAGUUAAUGAAGGUGAUGCUUUGUGUGGCCUGGGACUGGUAAAUCAGAAGAUGGGCGAGUACGAGAAAGCGCUCAAGCUCCACGAAGAAGAAAUGGCAAUCGCUGAUAAACUGAAAAAUGCGGGCCGGCGUGGCCGAGCUUCGUUUCAUCUCGGAGUGACGCAUGAGAUUCUCGGAAAUUAUGAACGGGCAGUAGUCUUUCAAGAACAACAUCUCAAUAUCGCCUCACAAAUGAACGAUGAGGCUGCCAAAGCGCAGGCGUACAGUUCACUGGGAAGAACGCACCACGAGCUUGGCAACUAUUCCCAAGCCAUCGCUUACCUCAAGCAGGGCCUCGUUAUCGUGCAGACUCUUGGGAGGACUGAGGAUGAGGCGCGAAUACGUCAUCGGUUGGGUUUGUCCCACCUGGCUGAUAAUCAGUUGGAGGCAUCGCAGGCUCAUCUCUUCUAUGCUGCGGAAUUAUUGGAAAAGCUUCGUGAGGAAGGUAUUCAUAGUGGCGAAUAUAAGCUUUCCUUGUACGAACUACAGGCAGCGACCUAUCAGGUUUUACAGCGUGUUCUAGUGACAAUGGGCAACCACGAAGACGCUUUAGCAGUCGCUGAGCGCAGUCGGACACGAGACUUUAUCGAUUUGCUCCAGGAGCGACAAGGAAGUAAUCGAUCAACGAACGGCAUAUCAAAGUUUUUGGAAAAUCCUUUGACCACACCAGAACAGAUUGCGGAUUUCGUGAGAAGCCAAAGAGCGACUGUAUUGUACUAUUCCAUUGCCGCUGGACACUUGUACAGUUGGCUUAUCACCCCAAGAAAAGGCAUUGUCAAGUUCCAUGAUUCGCUUCUGUCGGAUGGAGACCAUGAUAAUGAAAUCACUGUGGAUUUGGAUCAGAGUAGCAGUGCUGCGUACUCACACACCUCCACUCUAUUGGACUCUUACAUAACCCAAGUCAGAGAGGCCCUGGGGGUUGAACCUCAUUUGAAUUUGACCCGCGCAACCAGCAUAUCUGAGAGUGAAGCGGAAGACGCCUGGGAACGUGAGAGUCUACUCAGCGCUGGAACAAGCCCACUGUCCUACAUGUCAGCGGAUGACGACACUAUCAGCGUGUCGUCACUCUCGCUUGGGCAGUCAAGUUUUCGCUCGACUCCGAGAAGCAACGGUUUAUCAAAAAAGAAUGUGCGAAAGUUAAACGGUGUACGAACGAGUAGCAAGAAACUUGGUUGGACUGGUAAGCCUCCCCUUCGAGCUUUGUACGAGCUGUUAAUUGCGCCCAUGGAAGACGCAUUGCCGGCCUCAUCAUACUUCGAUGGUGACGAUUCCGAGCUUGCUUUGGUUCUUCAGGGGGACCUAUACCUUGUUCCAUUCCCUGUAUUAAAGGGAAGCCUUUCCAAGGAGUAUCUGUUCCGACGAUUUCGUCUAAUCGUUGUUCCUUCACUACAGUCUCUCGCCAUUAACAGCAAAGCUCUGAUGUCAAGGAAGACGGGUCUGGAUACAACUUCAGUUAUGGUGAUCGGAAACCCGAAGGUCCCGGCAACUUUCGGUCAGUGGGAGUCGAACCCUAGCGCCGAGCACGAAGCUAAGAUCGUGGCCGAACUUUUCAACACUAAACCUUUGAUUGGCAAUAUCGCAACGAAGAGUGAAGUUGUCCGGAAAUUACCUAAGGCGGAGUGCGUGCAUUUUGCCACCCAUGUCUCAUGGAAGCUAUCUUCCCUUAUUCUAGCUCCUCAGAAUUCCGAUGAUAAAUUCGCAUCCCCGGCAGGAUCACCCGAGAGGGCAAGUCUGGAUUUUCUCGGUGACAUGAGCCCUGAUGAAGCACCUGCUCUAUCCGAGUUUCUUCUCACAGCAUCCGACAUCUUGGACCAAAAAUUAUCUGCUAAGCUCGUAGUUAUUGGCGCCGCUCAUAACCAUUCAUCGCGUAAUCGUAUAACUUCGGAUGGAGUGAUCGGUCUAACGAGGUCGUUUUUGUCGGCGGGUGCUCAGUGUGUUUUGGUUUCCCUGUGGCCUGUACCUGAUCUGGCGUGCAAAUUGUUACUCAAGGCGUUUUACGGAGGGCUUCUGCAGGGAAUGCUAGCUAGUCAAGCCCUCUGCCAAGCCAUGCAAGUUGUCCAGGGAACCAAACAGUUUUCCCACCCAUCCAACUGGGCAGGGUUUAUUCUGGUUGGUGGUGACAGCGCACUUACAAACAAAGAAGCUUUGAUGAGUAGCGCCAUCUCUCAACUGUUGAACAACCCUGGCAAUUGCAGAGACGCUCUCAAGGUCCUUGUGCAUCUGGUAAGAUAUAGUAUGCCGUCUAGUGAUUUUUCGUAAAUUGCUCAACUCUCAACCUGUAUAGCGGGCAGUGGGAAAGAGGUGAUAAAAGGAAAGAAUGUUCACCCGUCCACCAACGUGCAGGGAGAAACCUUGACACGCAAAACGCGAGAAAAUUGCUUUUUUUCUCCUUUUCGUUUUUGGUGGCUUCAACGGAGCAAUUUCUCAUACUCUAAAGGCGAAUAGGUGCGCCUACUUUGUCUAUGUUUUUGUUCCUAUUUUUUUGUUGAUAAAGCCUUAGCUCAAUUUUUAUCUGUCAUCUUUAUUGCAUUUGUGUCGUUAGAGUUCAAACGUAUACUUGGUGCAAAUUCAUGUUUUUAGGUCGACAAAGCUCAACAACGCAUACGUCAAGGACAGCGGUCUUCCAUGUACACAGCAGACGCUAGUAUCAACGCUAAAGUCAAAGGAGCCAGUGGAUGGCGUGAGCUGCUUAAACUCCUUGGUUUCCGGUUUCAGAAGGCAUCCAAUGGAAUUCCAGACUCAGUUUUCUUUCCGUCCGUCGCCAGUGGAGUAGGGGAUAAGCUGGCUGAUGCUAGUAAUCAUCUGCAUGCCUUAUUGGGUAAGGUUGCUGUUUGUGUAGGAAGAUUGACUUAAACAAUACCGUAAACUGCCGCUUAUAAGCCCUGGGUUAUACAUCUUCGUAAGGGGUUUUAGGAGGGCUUAUUAACGGAGGGGCUUAUUUAUAUCCGAGGGGGCUAAUAACAACCGGAAUAGAAAAAGCACUUCGAAACAAGCUACAGUCUAAUCUCUCCUUACGGACACCUCUCUUUUACGGACAGUUUGUUUGGUCGCGGAAAUGCCAAAAAUCAUACAUUCCUUACCUCUAUAAUACGGACACCGCUGUAAAGCAGACACUUGGUUCUGUCACUUUGGUCUCCGUAUUGAAGAGGUCAUUGACUGUAUAGCAGUGCUGAUCAAAAUACGAUUUGCAUUUUGCACUAACCCUAACCCUAAGCUUCAAAACGUCAACACAACGGCCACCUUAGGGACAGAAGAAGGUGGCCAUUGUAGAGAGGUUUCAAACGAGGAUCAAUGUAUGGACUGUCCACCCAAAAAAGUGGUCGUUGUAGAGAGGUGGACACUGUAAAUCAAAUUCAUUGCAAGGGUGGCUUAUAUCCGGGGGGGGGGGACUUAUAAUCAGAUGUAUUUUUUUAUUUACUGUUAGAUGGGCCUACAACUGGGGGGAGGGGGAGGGGCUUAAAGGCGGCAGUUUACCGUCUAAGAAUUUGUUAGAGUGAGUGUUAGAUUCUGAUCACUCGAUCCUCGGGGUAUCUUAAUAAGCUAUCGACGUUUCUUGUCAUCUGACAGCUGUUCACUAACGGGAGGUGAGUGGUGGCGGAUGUUACGUUUACCAUUGGUACUAUUCAUGUUACAAUCCCCCAAAGAGCUUUUUUAAUAAAUUAAAAAGCUAGGUAAAAGAACUGAAAGCGAUAUCCGAGUCCUGUCACGAGACUGUUUUAGUGAUGUUCCUAUAACGUGUAUAGAGAGUCGAGAUUUCGUAAGAAUAGCAAAGAAGGUAUUGUCGUAAGAGUGAUUAUUGAAAAUUCUGUUUGUAAUUUUCGGAUUAUCUUAGCGAUCCUGAACACCUGCAUUCAAACAGAAAUUCGUGUUUUCCUGAAUGUGCAUCGAGGCUUCCGAAAUUGUUUUGGACUUUGUUUUGAAGCUUUCUACAAGAUUUGUCGUCAGCUACAGGGUCCUUGUAGUUAAAGCCAUAAAAAUGAUGAACAUAGAUGUGCGUGCACUCAACAAGUAAAUCAAGCACUAAAUUUUACCACUUGUUCGGGGCUCGUCGCUUUGUCUCGCCAUUGGGUACCUUGUUAGUUAUUUUGUUUAUUUAUUUAUUUAUUUUGUAAUCGUUUGUUAUCCGUUAAUCAGUUUAAUUUUAUUGGUUUUAUCCAAAACAAAUAAAGUGGAAAGCUGUUUAUCUCAUCAGAUUUAUUAUCAAAGUACUUUUUCCGACGUUUUGGUCAUUGCAAUGGUCUGUUUUUUUUUUUCUUGGAUGGGUGAGCACAAACUUUGGUCAGUCUGAAAGAUUAAGAAGUUUGAAUUAAUUUGUUGUAAAAUUGCUGCACUGGAGUAAAACAAACACAACGGGAACGUCGUCUUGAUUGCGGCACUUGAAAGGUGGAGUUGAUAAGAUUAAGAUUCCCAAAUGACGGUUAUUAUCCACUUUUUUGAGUCGGAUCUUUUUCUUAGUGAGUAGUCUAGACUGAAGAAGGAAAAACAGCGGUCUAAUCUGAUAGAAAUCUGAUAAACAUCAGUGAGAAGAUGCCGUACUAAUUAUAGCCUCGACUAUAACAGUUAAAAGUACUUACUUUUACCGGUUUAUGAGUUAUGGAAGUUAGCUUUAACAAGUUGUUUUAAGAUGUUUAAGACUUCAGCUUGUUUCCUUGGAAAUGAAACCCUCAUAUUUCGGUAAAAUCGUAGUGAAUCCGGUCCGUGAUUGUAACAGUUUGGUUGAUUCCUAUGUCAAGCAGUUGGUUAUUAUCAAGCUAUCAGGAUUUGUAGUCACCGAAGGGGGCGUUGAAUACCGAGAGGGGAGGGAGGAACCGGGAGACUGGAAAGAGACAGAAAAAGGGAGCUCCAUCUCUCGUUUCAGUGAUUUUGUUACAAGUAGUUAUGGUGAGUCCUGGGACUCAUCUUGUAAAAAAUAAUGAGUCCCAGUCCAGAACCAUUGAGUUUAAAAACACGAGCACCCGGGAUCUUUAGGUAACCACACAGUUAAUUCAAAGACAGACUCCAAAACUCUGUAUUACAGUUAACUGAAAUACAAAUGUACUCCUUCUAAUAACAAGGACAACAAAGACUAAAAGAAGUAUGCGUCGUUAAACAACAGCCACAAGAACAGCCAGGAUAUUCUUCAAAAACAUCUUCAGAUCGAUCAAUCGAUCUUUGCGCCACAGAUUAUUUUGCGUCUUUGGGGAUUUUUCUGCGUCGGGGUUGCAGGGCGCAGAGGUAACAAAAUCACUGUCUUUUCCCUUUCGCGUUUUUCUGCCCCCCUUUUGCGCUUACCAAGACCUUUUUGCCUCCCCAUUGCUUUAAUAUGAUUAAAGCGGCAUCCGGUGGGGAAGGGACCUAUUGCUUCUUAACUAAAGGUUGGUUGUAUUUGUUGGUUGCAGUGAUUUACUGACGUUUUUGCUUGGCCUGACUCCAAAAUAUAGAGGGUCGCCGCUUAAUAGAGGCUCGACUAUAUAAGCUAAGGCAAGAGCGGAAAACGUGUGUGCGCUGGUUUAGAUUUGUUUUACCUUUCCUCUGAUUGGUUCACAAAGUGGUCGAGGCAUCUGCCAAAUUGAUUGCGCCACUCAGUUGAAAUUAAUGAGUCUUUUUUAUCGGCACAACCAAGUGAAACACUUGUAAAUUGUAGAGUUGGUCUGUCUUUGUCAGCUAGUUGUCUGUUACCAUUCUUUAAGAUAGUCAACUGGUGGUAAAGAUGUUCAUUCUUUUUUUUACUUCAGGUCUCAGUCCUACAACUCUUCAAGCUCUGGCCAAACUUGUCAACGCGCGCACCGUUAAUACUGCACUUCUAUCACUGGUAAGCCUGUGCAAUAUUUACGUCACAAGUUCACUCAGUAAUCCUUACUCAGUUAACUAAACCAGUCGAAAUACCCCUUUGUAUGAAAGAAUUAACAAAAUACGGUCUUGUAUUAUGGGGUUAAUAACGUGUUUCUUCUUCUUCUUUUUUCCUUACAGUUCAGUCAGGUUCUGUCCUGUUUCACUCAAGGAAUGAACAACGUACAGGUUCCUUUGAAUCUCAAGUUAUGGCGCACAGUGGGCUGUCACGAGCUACUUGCAUCUCUUGGCUUUGAUCUGAUCGGUGUUGGAAAAGAAGAGGUCAUGUUAAGAUCAGGCAAAGCCAACAGCAGGCGUGCUAUACAGUGCACAGUACAGGCCCUCUGUGCUCUCACGGGUGAGUAUGUUACAGCUCAUAUUUGACCUCAGAUUAAUUUUGUCUCCUAGCCCUAUGAGACAAAGGAAAUUGUGAAUCAAUUUUAACCUGAAAUCAAAUUUGACUUGAAACAAGUAUACUUGUACAGGGAAGAUAUGUACCUCAGGAAGUCUAUCACGAAACUAUCGACUUAAUUGGGAAGAGUUGACUUCAAUUGGGUGACUUUUCGUACGAUAUAAUAAGUCGGGUAGACCUGAGGAUUGAAAUGCAGCUUUUCGUUUGAUCUUCUUGUCUUUUCAGACGGGAAUGUUUGAGACGGGAAACUUGCCUUUAAUCAGAUUCAUAUUACCCGAGCUUUUAGUCAUGAAUUUCCGUUAGAUGACGGUUUCCCGUCCGUCUAAAUACAAAAUGCUAAAUGAACAUCCCCCUCCGCAGAAAAGUCCUACUGUUAGCUUUACUAAUACGCAACUGAUUGAACUGCGUCAGUGGUCAAAAGUUCGAUUCAUCUUGACUUACAGGGCAAGCAUUCACUUACACAAAUGUUGAAGAACCUACAAUGUAGCACAUAGUACCACACCUCAUCUACUAUAGUUGUCACUUGAAUGAUGUUACUGAAGAAUUUUAUCCACUGGGUCAAAAGUAGAACUACUUUGCCUCUCAUGAGAAAUAGAAUCACUUCAAAUGUCGCAUGGAGCUUUAUACUAGCUUUCACUUGAAUGGUCUUAUUUCUAGGAUGUUAUCCAGUCUCUAGAAGUUCCUUAGUAGAGUACGCUUGUAGUUAACAUCUGUACGAAUUGGCAUUUUAAAUUUUUUCAACAAGUUAAGAGAAGAAUGGGUUUUGUGUUUGACGUGAACUCAUCGACUUCCUUUUUUGUCGCAGAUUCAGAGAAUCCAGCCGAAAAGGAGGACCCGACAUUUAAACUUGCCAAAGUUCAUUCCGCUUCCACUGUAAUCUCCAACUUGUCCCUUAUCUCAGCCUCAAUCGAAUCCGAUCUUGAUUCUAAAGUUGGCGGUUCAAAUCCUGACGUCUCCAGUAUAGGGGGCUCAAGCAUGAGGGCUAAAAACAGCAUCAUCGCAAGGCCCGUUAAAUCUGAGGCCCAACCGUCAUACGACUCCAGCCGCCCAGUGGUAACUGCCGAACCCGAGCGAAGAAACAUGCGAGCCAUAUCUAAGUCACAAGUACUGCCUGUAAAUUCAAAGAAACGCUCGGAAUCUGUACAUAAGUAUGCCAGCUUCAACGGCCAUAUUCCUAGUAAUAAGAGACAGUCUUCGACGUCUUCGGUUACCGAUCAUUCUCGGACCUCUUCGAUCCCCGAUCCGUCGGACUCUGAUAUUGAUAGUUACUCGGAUAUUGUCGGUCAACAGUCGUGGAAGGACACUGUAAUUAGUAAUAAAGGUGUUGAUCUUUCCGUGGAGAGUUCUCGGCGCAACACUAAACAGAGAGUUGCAAAUGUUGUACCUACCACGUGGGCAUCAAGUGCAGCCAAUCCUGCGGGCAGCGUGAUUUCUUUCGGUGGACAGCAGCGUAGAGUCAUUGAAGAUCAGGCAAGAACUACAAAACAGAACUCGAAAAGUUACGAUUCUCUGACUAACGGAACUAGACAGUCUGCACCCAAUGUUUAUGCUGUCAAUGGGAAGGAAUCACCACGCGAGAAUGGCACGUUUCGUGGGCGGGCCCAAAGGAGAACCAGAAGUGAGAGCCAAGACCUUGUCCUCCAAAAUGGUCCUCGGGCAACUGCGUAUGGUCGAUCUAAGUCCAUACCGAGACAAAGGGGGAAUGGGUCGAGCGACGAGGAGGAAUCAGAGCAACCAAGAAAUACAAGAUGGAAAGGCAGUGCUACUGACUUGAGAGUGAAUCGUGUUAUAAUUGGAGCUUAUAGAACUAAUCAACCAGAACUCUUAAGAGUCUCGAGUGUGGAUUCGCCCACUGAGGCCCAGAGGGCUUCAAGUAAUAGAAUUACACCUACACGAAACGGUGAAUUUAGGUCAAAUCACGCUGAUCAACUUGCAGCAGAAAUGCAACAAGGGAGGAAAAAUUCUCUCAGUGGGAGAAAGCAGUCGUUUCCGAAUUUUCGCGACGAUUCCCAGUCGUCUCAAGAUAGCACCGACUACGAGUCACGACAAACUGCCGCGGAGCAAGCAGCGGUUGCCCUAAUGACCAAUCGGGCGACUCGUGUGCCGACGCAGUCACUGAAUGACGUACGUCAUUCCCAGCGGCCGGUUGAGAUGGUAUCCAUGGGAACAGAGAAUAGAAAACUCAGGAGGGAGCAUCUUGCUAAUCUAGCUCAUCUCCAGUCCUCGUCCUGUUAGCACGGCCUGGUGAGUGUAAUUUUUUUUCUCAGUUCCUUUCAUUUCUAAAUACCUCAAUGUAAGACCAAGGAUCGGGUUGUGGAAGCGUCCUUGAGAAGGUAAAUACAGUCAACUCUCUCUUAACGAACACCUCUCUAAGACGGACAUCCGGUGUUGGUCCCUGCCGAUUUUCAGUCAUUUUACCGUAACUAUUCUCUCUAUUAGACGGACACCUCUCUAAGACGGACACCUGGUGUUGGUGCCUGCCGUUUUUCAGUCAUUUUACUGUAACUAUUCUCACUAUAAGAAGGACACCUCUCUAAGACGGACACCUGGUGUUGGUCCCUGCCGUUUUUCGGUCAUUUUACUGCAACUAUUCUCACUAUAAGAAGGACACCUCUCUAAGACGGACAACGGACACUUUUGAAACCGUCAACCGACACUUGAGAAGUGCUUUAUGCAGUGAAAAAUACCUCAAAAAGGAAAUGUGUGGGUGCUCUACAUGACAGAAAAUUGCAAAAGUUUGAUUAUUUUGUAUUCCUGCUCCAUUUCGCAGAGUAUACACUGUUACGCUUUUAGACCACGAAGCGGUGAACAGUUGCUUUAUGAAUGAACGUUUGAUUUCACGAUGAGAAAAUGAUUCCACUUUGCUGCUAGAAUGUUCAAGUUUUUAGCUGUUUUGUACAAGUUAAACAGACGUCUUUCCAUUACGAAUGGGUUCGGUGUUGUUUCUUAAAAUUACUGGCGUCAUGUUACCUUGAUUCUCUAUAUGCCGGAAACCUUUCUAAGACGGACAGUCAGGGCCGGUCCGUAAGGUGUCUUAGUCUUAGAGAGACUUGACUGUAUUUAUCAUUGUAGUGACUUGAAGAGUUUGUCUCACGUUUAUUAUGAAUUUGGCAAAGGUUCAGAUCGAAACCUCCACUCGGACAAGGCCUUUAUAACAGAUUUCUUUAGUAGCUUCUGUGGGCAUGUGUCUAGAAUGUUAAGAUGCACAUUCUGAGAAAGUGAUGGAAAGAACUACAGCGCCCCCUUUAAUAGCAAAAAGGUUGCUUCAUUAUUAAACGAACGGCGGCAAUUUAACAAUUUCAAAGGGGUCACUAAACUGGUUUCUAAGUUAUAAGCACAUAAAACUGAAAGCAAGCGUAACAUCUUCUGUAUAUUUAUUUUGCAGAUGUUUUGAACCCACUUGGCUGGCGUAUUUUGAUUCGGCAGAGAGUGAAUUUUAAGCCUUGCGUGUUUUUAGAAUGAAUACAAAAUAUUUUUGUACCUAUGGACCACAUUGGUUCCUUGGCAGAAGUACUUUAGGAAAAAUAAUAAUUAUCUUGAAAGAAUGCGUUCAAUAUUUUUCUUAAAAAAGGACUCGCUAGUACGUUGAGUCUACUUUUUUAUCAGCCUUGGCCGAUAGAUGUUGAAUUACCAAGCUCUACCCGGAGUAGUCUCUCAUUUUCCCCAUGGUACGAAGCGAAAAACGCGAGUACGCGUGAGGAAGACGACACGCGAUGUUCGCGCGUUCUCGCGUAUUUCGCUAGCUAUAAUCUCCCUGAGGAAAAUGGAGAACUACUCUUAGUCUAAGAAAUUCUCAGCGUUUAUGUUUAACCCUUUCACUGCUUGGACAGACCACAAUCUAAAUAUUAUAGCUGAGGGGCUUCUGUUGGCUUUAAAGUGUUAGAAGAAGCUUCAAGGCCCAAUAAGUGGAUCCUUAGGAAAGUGCUACGUACAGCUUUUAUUGGAAAUCAGUCAAGGGCAUAGGUCGGCUACUGGUCAUAGGGCAGCAUUAUUCACAGACUUACAAGUUAGAAAUCACAUUAUUCAACAUACAAACCAGCAACACAAAUACUAAACUUACUCUUAUAGCAAAUGUCACUUUUAAGAACUUUGUCCAGGCUUGAAAGAAUGGUGUAAUUAAGAUCACAUUUUAUUACUUGGCGGACUAUGAUUUUUUAACUACGGUACUUAAAAUAUGAACCACACCAUACAACGACGUCAACAUGGCCAUGUAAGAAGUACCAUUCAUUGACUUUAAUAUGAUGAGUCUGUGACCACGUUAAGACAAUCGGUUUCCUAAACGACGCAACGUGUAUUGCAGUGAAAGGGUUAAUUUCUGGGAGAUUUUUCAGUUGUAAUAUCUUUCAUUGUGUCUGGCUUCUUCUUGAUAAACCUGGGUAUCUUUUUCAGUCGUUCGUGUUAGGCAUGUGUACUACAAAAGAGUUUAACAUCGUUCCAUUCUGACAAUAUAUUACAAUUUCCUAGUGAAAUACGUUCUUUGCGGAAUUAUGCUUGUUUGCAGCCAUCUGGGUUUGCAGCGAGGUUCAUUCGUGAAUAUUCGAGUUACAAGUUAAAAGACAGUAAACUUCCAUUUGCUAUCCUAUGUCUAUGUUCUGUUGCAACUUAGGAUGCUUACUAUCCUGCGAGUAAGCUGUCCAUUUUGGGGGAGUCACGCGAGAGCAGUGAGUGCGAGGGGCGCGCGUCUCGCUUCACUCCCCCCAAAUAAAAGAGCUUGCUAGCAGGCUAGGUGCUUCCCUAAAGCCAGAACUGGCUGGUCAUGCUGGUCAUUUUGAAAAUGGAAUAGGCCUGUAGCACUCUCGACAGUUUUCGCUGAAAACUUAUCUCUGUCGUGAAUAAUGUUUAGAAAGACUGUCGUGAUUAAUACUGAAAUUCUUUUUACGACUAAACAAGCCUGGCCGGCCAGCAAGCGCUCCAAGUUCCCAGGGUUCGCGUGCAGGACAUAGAAAGGAGUCCAGCUCGAGAAUUGAAGGAAAGUUGGAUAAAAUUCGGGUUGGUUUGAGCAGGAAACGAAAAUACAUACCACAAGAAAAAUAUCGCGGGGUAUAAUGAAUUGCAUUUCUUUCCAUAACACGGGCUACUGUCUUUUAUCUUCUGUUUAAGAAUCCUGACUGACCUCUGAUAAAUAGUAUCAUAUGGUGUCGCAUAGAUUCUUUAUAGUAAACGUAAUUAAAUCCAUCAUUACAUUUAUUGACAAAUUAAAGUUUACAAAGGUAUCGUUCAACAGUAAACUAUUGUCAUUGUUUUUCAUAGAACUUUGAAAGUAUUAAGCCUGAGAAAACAGCAGACAUAUCGCGACGCCACCACUGGUUUCCCCGCGAAAUGACGUCUGAGAAACGAACGCAGAACUUCCAUACUGAUGACGCCUCACUACCCAGAUCUGGGUCGUCCUUUUGAUUGGUCGUGCC